CUCCGUUCAUUCUCAGUUUGCCAUUCGAACUGAACGGUCGCCCUUAGCAGAAGAUGACGAGAACCCAAGUCAAGAUGCUGAUACUUGUUGUUGCGGUGGCAACGGCGGUCCUAAGUGGGGCAACCGCCUCCAGCAUACCGGAAGAGGUGCUGUUAGAUCCCCUCGAGCACGACUCCCUUCACGCCAGGCACUUCGAAGGAGGGGAGCACAAUACCCAGUUCGAUCACGAGGCCUUUUUGGGUCCAGAUGAAUCCAAGAAGUUCGACAAUCUCACGCCGGAGGAAAGCAGACGGAGAUUGGGAGUAAUUGUGGACCGCAUCGAUGAGGACAAGGACGGGUUCGUCACUCUGUCGGAACUGAAGAACUGGAUUGCCUACACCCAAAGGCGGUACAUCGAAGAGGACGUGGCCCGCGUGUGGAAACAGUACAAUCCAAACAACAAUGAUUCCAUCAGUUGGGAUUCCUACAAGAAUGCCGUCUACGGCUUCAUGGAUGAACUGAGCACCGACGAGAAGGAAUCUGAAGAAAACGGAAUCAGCUACAAGAGCCUUCUGAAGCGCGAUCAUCACCGCUGGGCGAUUGCCGAUCAGGACUUGGAUAAUAAUCUCACAAAGGAGGAGUUCACCGCCUUCCUGCAUCCCGAAGAUCAUCCCGCCAUGAAGGAUGUGGUUUUGCGCGAAACCAUGUCUGAUCUGGAUAAGGACAACGAUGGCAAGAUCUCGGUGGACGAGUACAUCGGUGACAUGUACCGCGCGGCGGGAACCGAGGAGGAGGAACCGGAGUGGGUGGCCAACGAAAGGGAUGCGUUCUCAAAACAUCGCGACCUGGACAACGAUGGCUACUUGAACGAGGAAGAAGUGAAGCAGUGGAUUGCGCCCCACGAUUUUGAUCAUUCGGAAAGCGAGGCUAAGCACUUGCUCUUCGAAGCCGAUGCUGAUCACGAUGAUAAGUUGACCAAGGAGGAAAUUCUGGAAAAAUACGAUGUCUUUGUGGGCUCCCAGGCCACCGAUUUUGGAGAGGCCCUCGCGCGCCACGAUGAGUUCUAGAAAGUCUAGGUGUAAACAACCAAAUACCCAGCUUCCCUGAAAUUAAGAUUGAUCCUAUGAAUCUCCCAUUUCGCAUGCCAAAUAACUUGUAAUACUUGACUAGAUCGUAAGACCAUUGAAAGUGCAUUAUAAACUGACUCGAAUGAAGGGGCCCAUGUAUUGUGGCACCCGAACUAAUUGA